AAGGGGUGUUGCCACUCUCUUGAAUGUAUAGCAUCGGCACAGCUUUGGGUUGACUUACAUGCGCAACGGGCCCUUCAGACGAUGAUGGAAUACAUGAGCGACAAGUUUGCCAUGAAGAGUCAAGCACUUAAGGGCGAUUACUACAUGGGAUCCGAAGGAACGCUGGACCAAGUCAUGGACGGUCUGGACGCGGUGCAGUACUACAACAAGAGCUCGCCGAAAUGUGUGCAGGCCUUCUCCUUACAGAAUUCGGAGCACCACACGCGGAUUGACCGCUCAUCGCCUUGUGACAACCAAAACACAAAUUAUUGUAACGCUAAAAGCGAGGAGAACAGCUUGCACUCGGAGUUGACGAGGCCUAUGGAAAACUGCUGCAAUCUGAGAGCGUCGCCCGUUGCGCCGGGCACGGAGAAAACGGACCUGGAGGAGAUCGGUGAGAAGUGUGACAGCAAUGUGUCAAGCAGCAAAAAGCGUCGGCACCGGACCACCUUUACCAGCGCUCAGCUGGAGGAGCUGGAGAAGGUGUUCCAGAAGACACACUACCCGGACGUGUACGUGAGAGAACAGCUGGCCAUGCGGACAGAGCUCACGGAGGCCCGAGUCCAGGUAUGGUUUCAGAACAGAAGAGCAAAAUGGCGUAAAAGAGAACGGUAUGGGCAGAUUCAGCAAGCAAAAAGCCACUUUGCCGCAACAUACGACUUAUCGGUUCUACCGAGGACAGACAGUUAUUCCCAGAUCCCCAACAACCUGUGGACAGCCCCUUCACCUGGAGGCUCUGUGGUGUCCUCCUGUAUGCUCCCGCGGGGGUCCCCGCCCUGCGUCCCAUCUCCGUACCCCCACUCCCCCCGCGGCGGUGACCAUGGCUACGUGGGCUUCCCCAACCACCAACAGAACCAGUUCGGUGUCAACCACGUCUCCAUCAACAACUUCUUCGCCGACUCUCUCCUGGCCCCGCCGCCCAACAGCCACGCCGCCGCCUUCGAGACCAAGCCCGAGUUCGAGCGGCGGUCCUCCAGCAUAGCGGUGCUGCGCAUGAAGGCCAAAGAGCACACGGCCAACAUCUCCUGGGCCAUGUGAGGCCGACCACCCCACCCUAGUACAGACUUUAAACACAGCCAGGGUAAUGUGAACUCAGUAACAACCAUUAAUGAUAAUAAUGAUGAUGGCAAUAACAGUAAUAUUAAUAAUUAUUAUUAUAACUUUGUGAAUGUUGGAGGUCGAGCAUGAGCAGGCGCUGGGCUGCUCGGACCGCCACAUCCUCACACA